ACCAUGACUGACUACUACCCUGCUGCGGACUCCUUAGAUCCUCGCGAGUUCAACACUGUAGAGCCAGGGUUGGCAACGGCUUACAAGCGAAUUAUCGUCUGCUGCGACGGAACAUGGGACGACGCCUUGGAUGCGACCGCAAGGUGGAAGUACUCCAACGUCACUAGGAUCGCUCGGGCUAUCAAACACAUCGACGACCGACACGGUUCGCCAAUCCACCAGGUCGUGUUCUACCAGUCUGGCAUUGGGACUGAGAACCUGUACGACAAAGUCGUCGAUGGCGUUACCGGUGCUAAUCUGGCGAACAAGGUCGAGGAGGCCUACGGUUUCAUUGCUCAGAACUACCAGCCCGGAGAUGAGCUCUUCCUGUUCGGUUUCUCUAGGGGCGCGUACACCGCCCGGAUGGUCGCUAUGUUCAUCGGAGCAAUCGGGGUGCUGAAUAGUACACAAAUGGACCAUUUCGCUGAUAUCUUCCUCGCGUACCAGAAGCGAGGAAAAGCCGAGGACCCGGAAGACAUACAGAAGCUGGACGCCCAACUUGCGCCUUGGACUUCUGACCACGGUCCCGGCAAGAGACGCGCUGCCAUUGGGCCCGAAGGCUUCUCUAUCAAAGUCAUCGGUGUCUUCGACACCGUCGGUUCCGUCGGUUUGCCGGAGGAGUUGACCUUGGGCAACGAGAAGAUGAAGAAUAUAUUCGGGUUCCCGGACCACCUCCUUGGAACACAUGUCGAGCGAGCUUACCAUGCUAUGGCCAUCAACGAGACUCGAGCGGACUUCGAUGUCGCGAAGUUUGAGCAAACUCCCGAAGGACGUAGGAAGGGUCAGGUGCUCAAGCAGUGUUGGUUCACGGGAUGUCACAGUGACAUCGGCGGUGGCUAUAAAGAGCAUGACCUGAUGGAGUUGACUUUUAAUUGGAUAGUCGCCAACAUCGAGGAUGCCUUGUCGCUCGACUUCGAUUACAUCGCUUCGCUUCCCAACCCGGGUAAACCCUGGGGAACGGAACCCCCGCACAACCCUCUCGUUGGUAUUUACUCUCUUGCGAAGUCAAUCCAGAGGAAGCUGCCCACCCAAACGGAUGAUAUUACCCAUGAAGUCAUCCACUCCUCCGUUCUGGAGCAGAAGCAAGUGGUACCUGAGCUUAGAAAGGUUCUCGAUGCCAAUCCAGCGAUUGUCGCCACGCUGCUUCCUUGGGAGACGAAGAUGAAAGAGUACUGGGCUGUCAAACUUCAUACUCGAGCUCCCGGAGUCCCCGAUUCAGAGACUGUCGUCACAGCUGCCGACGCUGAUCCUGCGCACCAGACACACCAUGCAUCGUUGCUUCACAAAGCUGGGGAAGCGAUCAAACAUAUUAAACAUGGGGACGUCCACAAGGAGCACGUCAAGGACUGGUUGGGGAAGCUGGUGCAUGAGAGUAACAUUGGUCCUGUGGUCAAGGAGUUCCUGUAGUCGGCCAUGGGGAGUGGAGCUACAUAAGACAACAUCAUUUUGCUUGUACUACGCUUCGAUGUAUGGAAUGAGUGC